CAACUAAUGAUAUUAGUGGUUGCAAAUAUUCAACUAUUGGAUUAGUUAUUCUAUUUUAUAGCUCUUUACUUGAUGAAAUAAAUAAUUAUAUUAAAAAUUGUUCUAAUACAAUUAUUAAAGAAGCAGCUAAAAAAGCUAAAACUAAAUUAGAAAAAUAUUAUUCAAAUGCUGAAG